ACAGCUGUACCGAGGCAGAGGCAGCGGGAUCCGGUCACCAUCAGAUGUGCGAGGAGGUGAUGUAUUCCAGUCUAGUAACCGAACAAACCAAUAAGGACAUCAUGGACAUUAUUUCAUGGCUUAGCGACGGAGAACACAGCUCGCCUGGUGACGUGAAACGAGGAAUGUAAGCACUGACGAUUAAAGCUGCAAGACGCGACUGACUCCGAUCGCACUACUCCUUUUCCAUCUCCACCAUUUUGGUUGUCAGUGAUGGAGCACAUCCGGACGCCCAAGGUGGAGAAUGUGCAUCUCAUAGACCGAGCGUCAGGCCACAGAAAGGCCAGCAUCGGGACUCUUUACCUUUCUGCCACGCACACCAUCUUUGUAGAGAACAACCCUGAGACACGCAAGGAGACGUGGGUGUUGCACAGCAUGGUGAGCAGUGUGGAGAGGCUGCCCACCACCCCUGCAGGAAGUCAGCUGAUCCUACGUUGCAAGGACUUCCGGGUCUUCCAGAUCCUCAUCCCACAAGAGAGAGACGGUUUGGAUGUUCAUGCCUCAUUGGUCAGGUUGUCACGACCAGAGAAGUACAAUGAGCUGUACUGCCUGUCCUUCAAUCCCAAUUUGAACAAAGAGGAGAGAGAAGAGUCCUGGACUUUCGUAGAUCUUGUGGUCGACUACAAGCGGAUGGGAGUUCCUAAUAAUCUGUGGGUCACCACAGCAGCCAACAGUGAAUACAGGGUGUGUGAUACAUAUCCCUCAGAGCUCUUUGUUCCAAAGUCGGCAACACCCGCCAUCAUCGUGGGAAGCUCAAGGUUCAGAAGUAGAGGACGAUUUCCUUCUCUGUCCUACUUCCACCAGGAUACACUGGCAGCAGUGUGCCGGUGCAGUCAACCACUGUCAGGCUUCAGUGGACGUUGUCAGGAAGAUGAGAUGAUGCUUCAGGCUGUUAUGAAGUCCAACCCUGGUAGUGACUACAUCUAUGUUGUGGAUACCAGGCCCAAGCUUAAUGCCAUGGCAAAUAGAGCAGCAGGUAAAGGCUACGAGAACGAGGACCACUACACCAACAUCAAGCUGCAGUUCGUCGGCAUUGAAAACAUUCACGUGAUGAGGAGUAGCCAGCAGAAAAUCAUUGACGUGGGCGAAAUGCGAUCUCCAUCAAUGACUGACUUCCUGUGGGGUUUGGAGAACUCGGGUUGGCUCAAACACAUUAAAGCCAUACUGGAUGCUGGAGUCUUCAUUGCCAGGGCGGUGGCUGAUGAAGGAGUCAGUGUGUUGGUCCACUGUUCAGAUGGCUGGGACAGGACAGCCCAGGCCUGCUCUGUAGCAAGUAUACUGCUGGACCCAUACUACAGAACCAUCAAAGGGCUCAUGGUGCUGAUAGAGAGAGACUGGGUUUCCUUUGGACAUAAGUUCUCCCACAGGUACGCCCACCUUGACGGAGAUCCCAAAGAGGUAUCCCCUGUCAUUGACCAGUUCCUGGAGUGUGUGUGGCAGCUUUCAGAACAGUUCCCAUGUGCCUUUGAGUUCAACGAACACUUCCUCAUUGCCAUACACUCACAUGUGUACUCCUGUCAGUACGGGACCUUCCUGGGCAACUGCCAGAGGGAGCGCAGGGAUAUGAGGCUUCGUGAGCGGAGUCACUCCUUGUGGCCUCACAUGUGGAAGGACAGAGGCGAGUACACCAACCCCCUGUACAAGGCAGAGCUGAGCCAAGGUCAGGGUGUCCUGAGACCCAACACAGCCCCCUACUGCUUCAAAAUGUGGAAAGGUCUCUAUAACUACGUGGAGAAAUCAAUGCCUCCUCGCCAGUCACCUGCUGACUUUCUGUCUGCCAUGAGGGAGGAGUCCCAGCAGCUGGAAGAGGAGCUGACUAAUCACCAGGAGAGGCUAGCAGCCCUGAAAGGGAAACCAAUCACGUGGGAGAAGAUUGAGGUUCAAAGGAGGGUUACGAGCCGCCUUCGGCAGAGACACUGUGGCCCGGACCCACCGACCACUUACACAGACCCAUCACCAGCCGUACACAGGACAAAGCCUCAGAACCAGCACCCUGCAUUCGCCCUGUCGAUAAAGCCAUGCUCACAGCUUAAGUGUCAGGACCCUGACGACCUCUCCACCUGCAGUGACCUGGAGUCAGGCGUGGCUGACCUCAGCAGCCGCUCGUCCGGCGGUGGGGACUACGGCAAUGAGUAGGUCCUGGAAUGAGGAUGUCCGCACUGCUGCCUGACUGGAAAUAAGUGAGCCCAGCCGCCUGGCUUGAAGGUGAAAGAGGAAGUCUUACAAAUAUAUGAAUUCACACACUGGGAGGGAGGUAGAGGGAAGGAAGACCUGCUAGCUUGUCCCAUUCCUUCUCGGUCUAAAGGGAGUCUCAGUGAAUUAAGGUGAAACCUCACUAUCUGUUUAUCAGUCUGUCUUUUUGUUGAAGGCAUGGGUAGACACUAGUUGGUGUUUUUAUGUUUUAGGUGCUGUCAUUUGUGAUUACUUUUGUGAGAUUGUCAAAUGUUACAUGAAACUAGGUUGGGAUGAUGUAGGACACAUAGGCUCCGUGAAGGCAGAAUCUGAUGAAACACAGAGUAGGACACACACACACACACACACACACACACACACACACACACACACACACACACACACACACACACACACACACACUUAAUAUAAGAGGAAGUAGCCCAAUUGGAAGAAGCGAUUCAAUAGUGGGAAGUAGCUGAAUAAGAGGAAGUAGCUCAAUAGGAAGAAGCGAUUCAAUAGUGGGAAGUAGCUGAAUAAGAGGAAGCAGCUCAAUAGGAAGAAGUAGCUCAAUAAGGGGAAGCAGCUCAAUAGGAACGUUUUUGGUAGUUUUGGUAAAUUGCUUCAGCACCCCUAUUUUACAAUACGAUAUAAACAUAUUUAAUUAGUUUCACGAUGAUUGGACAAAGAGUUAUGGCCAUUUUCCCUUUAAGCCCUCCCUUGGCAAAAGUUUAUGGUUAAUAACGGGCAUGAUUUUUGAACAAUCCUGAUCAUUUUUAAUAGGAAUGUGUAUCUCAGUCUCACAAUGCUAAUUAUUGAAUUUGGUGUUGAUUGGUUGAAAAAAAACAUUAGUUUUUAAAUAUAUGCAAAUAAGCAAAAUCCAUCAUGGCAGACAGUUAUGGUCCAAACGGCACACACAUUGAGCUGGACUUGUGUGCGAAAUUUCAAGUCAAUCGGACAAACUUUGUGAGAGGAUUGGCCUGUCAAAUGUAAUAGCGCCACCAUUCAAUACAAUUUUAUUUGUAUAGCACCAAAUCAUAAUUUAAAAAUCUUUUUGUUUUUUUGAAAAACCCAACAGCUACCACAAUGAGCAAGCACUAUGGCGACUGUGGAGAGAAUGAUAUGGUAGGAUGUUCCAGCGGCUUGGAGCGUAAAAGCUAAAGGCACUUUCACCAGUUUUUGUUGAGACCAGGGGAAUAACCAGGCGGCCUGUUCCAGAUGAUUGAAGCGGUUGAGGUGUUACAGAGCUAACAAGCAUAUGAGUACGAUAUUGAGGUGCCACACCAUGUAGAGUCCUACAAAAACAAGCAUGAGAAUUUUAAAAUCAAUUAUAAUAUUUACUGGAAGCCAGUGUAACAACUUCAGCACAGGUGUUAUAUGGUCAUAUUUCAUUUUUCUUGUUAAAACUCUAGUAGCUGCAUUCUGGAGUAGCUGCAGCUGAUCCAGAUGCUUUUUAAAGGUUCCUGUGAGUAGCGUAUUGCAGUCGUCUACCCAUCUGGAUAUAAAAGCAUGGACACGUUUUUCAGCGUCUUCCUAGGACAAAAAGCUCCUUACUUUUGCAAUAAUUCUUAAUGAUAAAAUCCAGUUUUAAUUAUGCUGUAGAUGUAGCUCUGGAAAGUGAGGUCAGUGCUCAAAAUCACCUGACCUGUUUCUGACCCAUGUGACACUUUCCAGAGAUAGUGAUGAUAAUUUAAGAGAGAUCUGGGGCCUCAUUUAUAACCGUUGCGUACGCACAAAACGGUGUCUGAAAAAUGCUUAUGCCACUUCUUACACAAACGUUGGGAUCUAUAAAAACAUGGGAGAAUGUGCACACUUGUACGGUAACUCUGACCCAUAAGUAAGAACAUUUUGGAGACGGGAAAAUGACGGUGCAGACGUGAGGUGGUGAAUUGAAGCCAGAUUACUGAUCCACUUUAUCAUUAACAUUAAAACCAACAGCGUUAGUUAAGAUAAUCCUUUAUAAAUUCCACAUGGGGGAAAAAUUAGAUUUGCAUACAUAUUAUUCCUCUGGAAAAUUUUAUUUUCUGUCUGUAAUGUCUCCAGAGAGUGUUAGACUUUUCAAAUGUGUAUGUUGAUCAGUCCUACGUCAGGUUUGCCACAAACCCCCCUCCUUUGUGCUGAAUGGAAGAACAGAAAGCAAGUUAGAGAGUUACUGCUAGGGAAAAUGUCAAUUGUUGUGAUUAAACUGUCUAAAAUUGUCUUAAAACAUUUCUUCCCUUGUAACUUAAAACUGUAUCACCCCAUGAAACAAUCCUCUGCCACUCGGGGUCGACAUGUAGCUUAAGAAAAAUAAAAUAAAAUAUGUGAGCUCAAUCCAAAGUAGAGCGAUGAUCAGUAUUAAACUAUAACGUGGACUAUCCAGAGACACUUUUAUAUAAUACAAAGUUGUUGUCCUUGCUGUGAUGGAGAUAAAUUAAAGAUCAAAUAAAUUAAAAAUCAUUUGUUGGACCAGUAUGAGCGACCAGUCAGUUCUAGGGACAUGUCUUCACCAGAACAAAAUGUGAACAAAAAUAUUCAUGUUGGUAACAAAGGCUGGACUGCAGUAUUUUUUCUUUUUGUGUGCAAUAUAUAUUAUGUCAAAGACAUUUUUGUUUGUUUCAGUGUACUGUAUAACAUUGUACAAUAAUCUACCCUCACAUCCACCGAAUUCCUCAGACGAGAAGGUGUCAAUCAUGAACUCCUGUUUAACUAGUCAGAUGUGAAGUGAAGUUUCAGAUGUUAUGUGAGAACCCUGAUCAGACCUGGUAUAAACAAGCAUGUUGGGUGUUCCGUCUUCAGCAAGUGUGUUCACAGCUACAGGCAAAGACCAUAUUGCUCAAGAUGUUUGGCACUCCAUUUAAUCACCUUUAUUUGUUUGAGAAUAACACAUACACCUUACACAGAGGAUGUCAGCUGAAUUGGUGGUCCGUCAGUGUGGCCCAGGUCACAUUCACACUGUUAAAAGAAUGUGGCUUCUUGCAUCCCAGACCACCUCUGAAUGCAGUCUGAGCCAUAUGCAUGUUUAUGCCAGGUGUGAACAGAGCGCUAGAGCUUACCUAUUCAAGCACAUUGUCAUGUCACUGUAUUUAAUGCCUGAAAAUGAAAACCUACUGUGGCUCCAUGUAAUGCUUUAAUGGCGGUGGCUGGGUGGUGAAGAAUGCACUGUUUCGAUUUUGAACAGGCUCUUACUGAGAAGUGCAUCUUAAGGCUUAUGUUACAGUUGAGCAGUGAGGGUCACCUGUGGUACUGAAGAAAGACGGUCAUUCAUUAUUUUAGCACAUUUAUUGGUAUGAAGUCCAAUUUGUAAGCAUCGCCUUUAAGAAUAAAGUCAUGGAGAUCACCUACACACUCAGCAGAGGACAAACAUUUUUUGUGGAUUCAGAGCUGUGGAGCAGUGUGGUGAUUACAGCUGAACUGAAUUGGAAAACACAAAAUCUUCCUAGGCUCCUGCAGGAGCUGACGCGGUGGUGUAACAGUGAUGUGAUGACAAACAUCACAGUGCUACUGUGUAUGACAACACUGACUGAAUCUAAUGAGCUGCAGGUCUGUGGCUCCACUCCCUCAUAACGUGAACAUUUCACUGUAGCCUGUGGUGUGUAUUUAUGCCUGAGUGUGUAUUCUGUAUUCACCGAUGUAAAAGAGCUAUUAAUAAAAUCACUGUUAAAGGGAAAGAACUGCAA